GCGUUGUGUCACUGCAAACAAGCAGCCAUUAUCAUUAGAGUCCACAUCCGAGCGGGACUGUCACGCCUGUUUGGACCUCAGACACUGCAGAGAACAGACGGCGUAUACGGUUAAAAUGUUCAGGAAAUCUCUGGCAAACAUCGCACUGCGAGUGAACCGCCAGCCAUUUAAAGGCAUUCAGAGAGUGACAGCCGGACUGAAUCCAGUGAAUUAUGGGGACAUCCGCCGCCGCGACGCAUCCACCACCACCACCCCCUCCACCACCACCGUGUUGGGUGACAACGUCAAACUGAAAACUAUAGACGAUUUAGGCGGACCAAGUUUCAUGUAUACCUUAUACUGGCUUUUUGUAAAGGGGUAUAUCCAAACGGCGCAACAAAUGCAAAUUGAGCACAGCAAGAUCUACGGCCCUCUGUGGAAGUCAACGUACGGCCCUCUGGUCGUGGUGAACGUGGCCAACGCUGAUCUUAUAGAGCAGGUGCUGAGGCAGGAGGGGAAACACCCGAUCCGGACAGACAUGCCCCACUGGAGGAGGUACAGAGAGCUCAAGAACAAGGCCCACGGACCCCUGACAGAAAUGGGGGCUAAGUGGCAACGCAUCCGCAGCAUCCUGAAUCCUCGGAUGUUGAAGCCCAAACACGUCUCCUCCUAUGCUAACACCAUCAACGAGGUGGUGACAGACUUCAUCGACAGAGUGGCCUGGCUGAGGGAAACCAGCGGCCAGGGAGUUAUGGUCAAUGACCUGACUGGAGAACUCUACAAAUUUGCUUUUGAAGGGAUCUCUUCAGUGUUGUUUGAGACCCGCAUGGGCUGCAUGGACAAGGUGGUGCCCGAGGAAACCCAAAAGUUCAUCUUCUCCGUGGGGGAAAUGUUCCGGCUUUCCCCAAUCCUCAUCCUCUUCCCAGAGUCCACCUGGCCCUACCUGCCUUACUGGAAACAGUUUGUGGCAGUCUGGGACCAUCUCUUCAAAGUAGCUGAAGAGUUGGUGCAGAAAAAAAUGGCGGAGAUCCAGGAGAAGGUCCACAUGGACCAGAACGUGGAGGGAGCGUACCUCACACACCUGCUGCUCAGUGAUCAGAUGACAGUCACUGAGAUCCUGGGCAGUAUCACCGAACUCCUGCUCGCAGGAGUUGACACUACCUCCAACACUAUCUCUUGGUCUCUGUACCAACUGGCAAAAGAGCCAGAGAUCCAAGAACAGUUGUACCAGGAAGUGAUAAGUGUUUGCCCUGGAGACAAGGUGCCAACCAGUGAUGACAUUGCUCAGAUGCCAUACCUGAAGGCCAUCAUCAGAGAGACGCUACGGCUGUAUCCAGUGGUACCAGGAAAUGCCCGUGUCACUGUUGAAAAUGAGAUUGUGGUUGGAGACCAUCUCUUCCCUAAAAAGACGCUGUUCCACCUGUGCCACUACGCUGUGUCCUAUGAUGAGAAUAUUUUCCCUGACCCCCACACCUUCCUGCCACAGCGCUGGCUCAGAGUAGCGGAGAAGUCCAAGCAGCACCCGUUUGGAUCAGUGCCAUUCGGUUUUGGGAUCCGGGCGUGUCUGGGCAGACGGGUGGCUGAGCUGGAGAUGUAUCUCCUCCUGUCCAGGUUGAUAAAACACUACGAGGUGAGGCCAGAUCCUGCUGGAACCAUAGUCAAGCCAAUCACCAGAACCCUGCUUUGCCCUGCUAAACCAAUCAACCUGCAGUUUCUGGACAGAAGAGUCGAGCAGGAGGAGCAGAGAACAGCGGCAGGAGUCUCUAUGUGAGCUGUUUUAGUAUUCACACUGUGUUGCCUGCCUGUCACCAAGCACUUGUUUAUAAACCAUUCACAUCAUGAGGACUGGCUGGAAUGCAGUUUAUACAGUGGCAUAAAAUACAAGCUGAUCGAAGAUGUGGUAGGUUAUACGGCAAAGAGUAUAAUGCUGUAUCUAUAGAACUGUUUUUUUUCAUGUAAAUAUUAUAUUUUAACCCACAACACCUACAAAGACAGUUUUCCUCUACAAAGACAGUUUUCCUCUACAAAGACAGUUUUUCCACAAAUGCCAUGUGUUUUUAAGUUGUUUGGGCUGUUGCCUAGGAGCAGAAGGUUUCCCCAACACCAAAAUACAUACAUGGACAAGUAUUGUGUUAUUCUGUAUUUUUCAUAUUGUCAACAAAUCCCAUCAAAAGACCAAAACCAACAAUGUGUUAGUCCAACUCUCAACACUUUCAGACUUUCCUGCUCUGUCUGUGGUAAUCAUCCCCAAGCCCAAUGGGUUCAAUUCAAUUUUAUUUAUAUAGCGCCAAUUCAUAGCAGGUCUAGACUGUACUCUGUAUAAUAUUAUUUACAGAGACUCAACAAAUCCCAAAUGGGGCCUACUAAAAACAAAAAUCUUUAAAAAUGGGUCAAUGGUAAAUACACUUUUGGUGCGCUUGUGAUUAUUCAGAGCAGCAGGACGGUGUAUGUGUGAUGGAGUCAAAAUAAACUACAGUGUGUAUGUGUUCAUAUUAAUAAAGGAACAUGUCACCCUGUGCAAAAGUGAGGCUCAUUGAUGCAUUUUUAAUAGUUUUUAGACAACAAUAGAGCUCUAUGGCACAGAGGAUUAAGAUAUAUCAGGCUAACACUUGUUAGUAGGAUCAGUUUAUUGUUGGUGUUGUUCUGUUCAUGGGAUUUGUUUAAAAUAAGACAAUUAUUGAAUAUAGCUAGCCUUAUCCUUUAAAAAAAAAAAGCACUGGCCUCAGAACUGUAGUUGGUCCAUCAGUACUUAGCAAGCUGCUCCUAAAAUUUGGUAAGGGUUCAAUGUAAAUUUUGCAAAACUGUUCAUAACCAAUUUAAGUGCUCUUAUUUUCCUUUCAAGUCAUUUGAAAUUAAUGUUUUUAAAAUUAAAAGCAUUGGCAGUGAGACUUGGAGAUACAAGGUUAUUAUUCUUUAGACAGAGGUUAACUGCCAUAUUUUAGUACGUGUUUCUUGUACAUACAGAAAUUUAUUUUUAGAUUUCAACAGUGUUUAUAAUUGUGAUUUGUUUUACAAUUAAAAUUCCCAGUUUGUUAUUUGUACAGCUCAAACUUUUAUGUCUCAGUGGGUUUGAAAGACCCACCGAAAGAACACCGUUUAGGUCACUGUUUCUAAACUAAUAUACACUCUCUGAAGAGGUUUAAGACUCCUUGCAACAGUGCAAGCAACAUCCUGGGUUUGACUCUCUCCCACGUUAUUCUCCUCUUUCUUCUGAUUUUGUCUAAUAAAGGCAGAAAUGCCAAAGAUAUGUAUUGUUCUAA